UUAAUCCUUAAUCGCACUUUCAUUGCGUCGCGCACCCCUUUCACCGCACCCCUCGACCGUCACGCACUCACGACCUAUUCCCAUCAUGGCAUCCUUCUCUCCUGUCAACUUCAUCCUCGCUUUCUUCGCACUCUUCAGUUGCCUUCACUUCACCUUCGCAGCACCCGUCGACAUUGCCGCACGCUCCUCCAGAGCCGUGGAGAUCCGCGACGUCUUCGUUCCACCAAUUAUCGAGCCCAAUGCCGACAGCGUAUGGACAAUCGGCACCACCCAGGUCGUUACUUGGGACGUCACCCAUCCCCCCAAGCAAAUCACCAACCGAUUGGGUCGCAUUGUUCUCAGGAGCGAAGAGACCGGUCUCCUCGAUCUCGCUAACCCCCUGGCCGAGGGCUUUGAUAUUCUCAAUGCAUCUCAGAAUGUCACUGUUCCCAAUGUUAAACCUGGUACCUACCAGAUCGUUCUCUUCGGUAACUCGGGCAACUGGGGAGAGUCCUUCCAAAUCGUUGGAGACUACGUUCCUCCCGCCGAGUCUGCUUAAGGACUCAUCCCAUUCGGUUCACGACAAUAAUACGACCCGCGACUCGACUGACACGAUACUCUACUCGAAAACCUUUAUAAUUCCCCGAUUUCCUUUGCGGAUUGGAACGACUCGCAUUCACGAACGGACCUAAUUUCUAAUCACAGAAGAUGCUCGCGAUGACCAUAAAGGGCUCUAUAUCGACUCGAACUAUCGAAGCCCAGGAGUUCAACAACUUCUAUUGCGCUUGAAGCUCCUGUAUGAAGCCUAUGGCCUCGGGCACGUAAUGCUAGCCUUUCAUAAAGGCUAACGCGAACGAGUCCUUACUUCGUCUUUGCUUUGGCUUUGUGUUUUCGGGGAGGGGGCCUUAGUAUGACAGCACGCUUCAUCAUCUUCAACCAUCAUCAUCAUGGACAUGGUUCUUCAGCCUAUCACACUCGGACACAUCACCCGAACUUUGUACAUACUACUGACGACUGGUUUGCUACGGACAGCAUGCCUGUAAUAUUAGUCUUCAUUUUUGCGCGUAUCUGCUUUCUCCUGCCUCCUCUCUUUCGACUGUCACUGGUGUAUUCAAGUAGCUAAUGUACAAAUAUGUAGCAUCCACCUCACAUUGAAUUAGUGGUGCAUCUGC